UACUUUCAUCAUUUUUGGGUAUUAAGCAAAAAAGGUUGUACGGAGCUGAUCACCGGCACCGUCACCGUCACCGUCACCGUCGCCGCAACUCCGCGUCUCCGCCUCUUCUUCCUCCACCAUCUCCAAGCGACGUCGAUGCGCUCAUGUAAAAUUUCCCUUCCGACACCGCGAAAGAGAAACGGUUUGGUUGCUUUUCGUUCUCUUGGUCUCAUCACUCCUCCACUCAGCACUUUUCUUCCUAGUGACAUGGGUGAUCCAAAAGAAGCUGAGAAUGAUACUGCUGAUAAUGCGGCACCAGUUGCCGAUGGAGUCCUCAAUCCCAAUCUAGAAAAUGCUGCACUAGAUGAUCAGCAAUCCGAUUCCCAACUUCCUAAUGAAAAUAAAGGGGCAGAGUUGUCUGGAUUGGAUGCUGCUGGUGCUGUUAUGGGUGUUGAGACCUUCAAUUGUACAGCUGACAACCCUCAGCCUGCCCCUGGCAUUAUUGAACUUGCUCCUGUUGCUGAUGAUCCGAAUGAUGCCAACAAUCCACAUUGCUCUCCUAAGGCUGACAUAAUGCCUAGUGCAGCAGCUGCUGCUCCUGAGCCCACCUCUGGUGAUAAAGAGUACCCUAUUCACUUUGCUGCUUGUACGGAGCCCCCUGCCAAUGGAUCAUUAGACGAUACCGGUGAAGUCUCUACCUUAAAGCGGAAAGCAGACAAUGAAGAUGCAAAUUUCAAAUCCAGGUGUCCUGAUAGUAAUGGUGCUGAUGAUGGCAUUAUUGUUGCAAAUGAUCAGAAGCCAUUUUCCACAACCAAACAUGAGGAAGACACUGUUUCUACUGUGGCUGAUCAUCAGUCUGCUGAGAACAAAGAUGAUCACGUAGGAGAUAGAGUCUCCCUGUUGACAGAGGAACUGGCCAAGGUCGAUUUCCCCGUGCACUCUAUAAUUAAGAAGGAACCUGCAAAAUCCAAGUUGGAUGAAGAAGAGCCUGGAGGUGCUCUGAGAAACCUUGGUAGAACUUUCCUUUUGGAACGUUCUUCAGAUGAGGGAUACGAGUCGGGAACGGAGGAGGAACAAUUGGAGUUCAUGAAGGAAGUUGAAAUGUUUUAUAGAGAUAAUCACUUGGAGUUCAAGGCCCCAAAGUUUUAUAAAGAAGAACUAAAUCUGCUUAAGUUGUGGAGAGCUGUUGUCAAACUGGGAGGCUAUGAACAGGUGACAUCAUGCAAGUUAUGGCGGCAAGUAGGCGAAUCAUUUAGACCUCCAAAAACGUGCACAACAGUCUCGUGGACAUUCAGAAUUUUUUAUGAGAAGGCACUGCUUGAAUAUGAGAAGCAUAAAAUGCGUAAUGGUGAACUUCCUUUCUCUGAUGGUAUAUCAAUUGAGGCAACAAGGCCCGAAAACCAGGUGUUUCUGAGGUCAAUGGUAUUCUGGAUCUGUUGUUGCAUAGAUAGUUUACAGUCCAGUGGAAGUUUAGGGGGCCUUGUACCGGGUCGAGCACCUCGAAGAGAUGCUGCUGCUCGUGCAAUGCAGGGUUGGCAUUCUCAACGCCUGCUUGGUAAUGGCGAGGUUUCUCAACCAGUCAUUAAGGAUAAGACUUUGAAUUCUAUUCCCAAGGCUGACAAGCCAUUGAAGACAAAUGGUUUACUUAAGAGGAAGAAGCUGUCAAGUGCUGAACGUGCCAUCAGUGCAUCUCCCUUGAAGACAAUGAGGACACAAGCGGAUACAGUGGUAAUCGAUGUGGGCCCCCCUGCUGAGUGGGUGAAGGUCAAUGUACAAAGAACUAACGAUUGCUAUGAGGUAUAUGCUUUAGUUCCUGGACUUUUACGCGAGGAGUUUUUGGAACAAUUUCAUGUGCAGGUUCAUGUUCAGUCUGAUGCAGCUGGACGCUUGGUUAUAUCUGGUCAACCAGAACAACUUGAAAAUCCCUGGGGUGUCACCCCAUUUAAAAAGGUGGUUAGCCUGCCUUCAAGAAUUGAUCCUCACCAGACAUCCGCUGUAGUGACGUUGCACGGCCAGUUAUUUGUACGGGUACCGUUUGAGCAGUCCGAUGGUUAAGCUGUGCAGCAUAUGCUCCAACUGGAGACUAGAAGGCCCUUUAAAUUUGAUUAGGAAUGACCGAGGAAACAAUGUAAGCAUCUCCCCUACAGAUAAUGAUUUGGUAGUGCCUGGUCAUUUUUAUUAUCCGUAGUCAACUUGGAAAAACUAACCACGUAUUUCUUCACGCUGUAUUGUAGCAGUAACUCUUUACUGUGGUACUUGGGUACUUGUAAUUUAAAAAUAAUUGAAAUGAGUCGACAUGUAUCCUGACAGUUGGAGUGAAUCGUUACCCAGGCCAGCAAGCACAUUUGGGAACUGGAAAGGGCUGUGCUAUUGUGCCCUUGAAAGUUGCUUAGUUUCGUAGUUCGGCCAUAUUGCAUUACAUCAAGUUUUGGGGUCCCUCUCUGGAUUUGUUUUAGCCCCAACAAACACACAACGCAUUCAUUCCAACAGUCUCUGCAAUGCCGUAUAUCUGCGCAACGUUCCUUACAAAUUGAUCUGGCAAUUGUUUGACAUAAACACACAUUGUAUUGAAAUCUGUUAAGUGGAGUGCUAGUUCUACUCUGCUUUGGCUAUGGUUCCAGCGCUUGAAUUAGAGCAUGCCUGCCUGUCUGUGUCUAGUAUUGAAUGUGUACAAAGCUACUACAAAAGCAUGUGAAGCCCCUGCUUGGGUAAUUAUCAGGGGAACUAGAAACUGCCGCCCGUGCCACUUGGCUGGGUGGGAGUGUUGACGACGGUGGGCGGGCUAAUAGCAAUCCAAAGAAGAGAGAGCGUGAUUGCUAUCAAGCCUGACCACACAUACACGAUCGUCGGAGUCUUCCUUCUCCUCCCCAUCAAGCCUUUGGCGAAGGGGUACAAGUGAGCCAAAACCCAGAAGCUGAAAAACCCGCCACCCACCAAUUUGCUCCACUGCGGCACCGCGCUGUAUACAGUCCUGAUGAGUGCCCAGGCCAUGGCUAUGAUAUUCGUCAUGGCAAUUACAAUGGGUGGAAUCAUGAGAGAAGUCCACUUCACCAGGUAUAGCUCCGCGUAGAUGUCGUCGUUGUCAUCCCCGGCUCCUUUAGAAGUCAGAGUAAAGGAGAUUUCAAUGCCAGCAACCACCUUGAGCAGGCCCUGCACCACGGCGGCCAAGUGCGCGCUGGUGCCAGAGAUGAGCCAAAACUGCUCGUUCCUCCACCAUUCCUCCAGCCCGACCCCGGACCACUUGACUUCCAAGAGGGCAAGCCCAAUGAGGCAGAAGGUGAUGAUGAGAAGGUAGACCAAGAAGGCAAUGUUGAGGCUCUCCACGAUGAAGGAGCCCGAGAAGAGCGACAGUGCCGGGAGGAAGCAGUAGACGAUGAGAAAGAUGGAGGUGAAGGGGUAUAUGCCGACGUUGAGAUAGAAGAGGCGUUGUAGCAACAUGAGCUUCCUGGAAGCGAGGAAGGCGUUGUUUCUCGAGAAGAAGAUCUCGACGGAGCCCGUGGCCCAUCUCAGCACCUGGUGGAGCCGAUCGGUCAGAUUGAUGGGAGCUCCUCCGCGGAAGGUGUCUCGCUUUGUGACGCAGUAGACGGAGUGCCAGCCGCGGUUGUGCAUGCGGUACCCUGUCACCACGUCUUCGGUGACGGAGCCGUAGAUCCAACCCACUCGCCCUCCCCAUUCGGUUUUGUCCUCGUACCUAAGGUCACUGCUCAUUAGUCACCAAUUCAAUUCAAUGGGCGCCUUACUUUUUCCAUUUACAAUACAAUACAAUACAUACCAACAAGAGAUUACAGAUACUGCUUCAGCAACAGUGGUCGCGUCCAGCGGUUCCCUUGGAACCCUAAGAGCACCAGGAGGGCGUCCAUAUUUAACAGCAGGAUGGUCAGCUAAAGGUCGAGCUUGGUACUCCGCAACAGGUAUCGAUUCAGCCAACAUUGUAGAGUUGCCAAACCUUUUCUUUUGGGCAAGAGGUUGAGGUCGAGGUCUGGGUCAAAGUCGGUAGUAGUCAAGGGAUGCGUCUCAGCCGAGGAAGAAUCAUCCUUUGGUUGAGUCUUAUCUGGAUUCGGUGGAUCAAAUCCGUACAAGGCAAAGCGCCUAAACUAAACAUGCAACCCGUGCCCACAUACACGGGACCAUCUAGGGAAGGGCACGCAUAUUCCCAUCAAAGAAGACUGUCUUCUUGUUGGCAUACCGAUCCCUCCGAGGGAUCGAUUCCUUCAAACCUCUGAGGAAACUGAAUGUAGCAAAUGCUCUCCCCACCUCUAUCCAUCAUAAAACACAUCCCUUCCCUUAUAGCCUUGCAGUUGUAAACGUAGUGGUCACAAUCAAGGUUGAGAAUGAAUGGGCCGUUGGAGAGAAUAGCAGAUGCCCUUACCAAACAGUUCAUUGCACCCGCUUUUUUGUUGUGGUCAUACCCUGGUCUCUUCUCACGCAGACACAUAGACAAACAUCGGAAGCCGGAUGUCGAAAUUAGUGAAAUCAAGAAUCAUCUUGUCGUCGUCAAACCCGCCCAUUAAAGGGUCGGUGCUGGGAGGCUUGAGCAUCACUUGUAGAAUCCCAGAGUGGUCUCCCUUGGCAUGGUCAGGAGCCGAUGCUGCCCACGUGAGUACCAUCAGCCAUCCAUGUGGCCUUUUGAAUUUUAAUACCCCCACUCUCCCUUUUCUGCUUCAACAUCUUCAUCUCUUCCCUGGCAUUGAAAGCGUCCGACCUCCUUCUUAUCGAAUCAGGCAGGCUGUUGAUCCUCACUUUGAACUCAUCAUACUCUCUCUUCAUCCUUCUCCUGUCUUUAACAAAAUCCAAUCUGCUCUUGUUCUUGGUGGGGUCCACUUUCAAGCUAAAGUAACUGUCAGGAUUUCUUGGCUCGAUGUUGUGCUUCCUGCAAAAGGGGACCCAUAGCUCUGCAAAGCUUGCCGCCUCUGCCAUCGCCUCAAAUGUUAACAGUGCACCUCCGUCGUCGGAUAUGUAGCAUGCAAGCUUCUCCACGGGGUAGUCCGCUGCCAAGAUGGAGAGAAUAGUGUUGGCAGUGAUUAAUGGCGGUUCCUUCUCAGGAUCUGCGGUGGAGACAAACAUGUCAACACCUGGGAGGUCAGAGCGGCCUGUGGGGUUUGUUGGGGAUGGCAUUUCAAAAUUUUCCUUCAACACCUCGAGGUCAGUCAAUUGAUAAACAGGGCUAAUUUUCGGGAUUUGGUCAAGAAUCCAGGAGAAUGCAAACCAGAGCUCACAUGUAAUGGACAUAGCCCAUAGCCACACGGCAUCUCUGUUAGGAUGAGUGAUCCUCCAUUGCAGGAAGAACCCCAGAACCACAAUGAGAAGGCGAUAAGGGCUGAGGAUUGAGGAGUCGACUAACAUCUUUCGACUAAGAGGCUGCCAGGGUUUGUCGUUCCUUUCCAACAUGGAUGUUCCAUCCUCACCACCAUCAUCAUCGUCAUACACAUCAUCCGGGGGUGGCCAAUAGGCAUUACCAUAACCAUAGGCGCCUUUGUUCUCGAACAACCAACGGUUGUGAUCGAAUUCUCCAUUUUGGUUGCUGGAAUCUCCUUUGCUUGGUGGAGGUAAUGGCAAUGCCCCAUUGGAAAAAUCUGGUACAUCGUCGUCGUAGUCCCCAUGUCUGGACAUAACCCACCAUCCUUUUGGGCAUCUAAGUAGCAGUCUCUGCAGAUCUUGAGCCUAAUCAUCCAAGAAAUAACCAAACAAAAUGUCUUGAUUAUAUCUGGAAAUGAAUUGAAUAUUGGAUCUUAUAUAGUUUUCUAAUAACUACAUCCGAACCUGCACUCGCAAGGGAUGACAUCAUUGCCACGCUCAUCCUUGAUGACUUUGCCAUCACAGGCUGGCAUGGCACAAGACGAGCCCCUAGCACCAGCCAUCUGUGGAUGGGUAACCUCAAACUCGAUGACUUUGUCCAUGAGAUGCGCGCGGGUAACACUGUUGAAUCCACCUGUGAAUAAGGAAUUGGACACGUAUUGCUCUUCCGCUUUCACCGCCACCGACGAAGUGUCCAUGGGCUGGUUGUCAGGGGUGGGAGGAAUGUGAACGGUGUAGUUCAUGUAGUCACCUGAUAUCUCGCCGGACAUAUCAAGAUCUUCUCUCGAUAAGCUAACGUACCGCCCACUGGAAGUUCGGCGAGCGAAUUUCACUGUCUGCCCAUUGCCGGCCGCAUUUCGAUUCCCACCUUGUUGGUUGGUGUUUGGCCCACCGGAGCUACGCAUCUCCUUAUUUGAUGGUUGAGAAGAUGAAGACGCCAUCAACUACUUAUAAUCAAAACUUUUAUUUUUCUCUUCCCUACCUCUUCCUACCAAUUAGGAUCAUGAAUGUAUGUUCCUCAUAGUGAGAAAAAUAAAAGAAAUGAUAAGAUUUAUCUAG